UUGCGUAGAAAAAGCUCCUGAGGCUAGGCCAGCUUCUGGGACGGGCUUUAGCGAGAGGUCCUGGGUUCUGGGGAGACCAGCGCGUGAGUCCAGCGGGGUGCGGCCGCUCCCCGCAGCAAGGAUGUUCCUGGGGUUUCCGAGAGGCCGCAGGAGCCAGUUUAAACACAUCAUCCAUGGCUUUCUCCCUGCGGCCAGUAUUGCACCGAAGCCAGCUGUGCCCCGGACACCUCCUCCUCGCAGCCCCAACCCCUCUCCGGAGAGACCAAGAUCUGCUCUGGCUGCGGUCAUUCUAGCAACAACAUUGACUGGCCGGACCGUUGCCAUUCCUCAGCCUCGUCAGAGAUCCCGGUCUGAGAGUGACGCGACUUCCGUUGAAAAGGACAGUUUCAUCGAGCCCUAUGCCACCACUUCAGAGCUGAGGCAUCAACCAAAUUGGCAGAGUGAGAUGGGAAGAAGACCUUCUCUGCCAUCCUUUGAAAUGCUGUGCUACGAGGAGGAAGAGAACACUGACUUGAACUUGUCAUCUAGCUACAAGGAGUCGGGGAAUGUCAUUGCUCGCAAAGAAGAGGGAGAUCUUGGUGAUGCUGUGUAUGCUGUGCCACACAGAAACCAGGUUCCAUCGUCACACGAGGUGGACAGUGAAGAUGAGGAAAAUAUUUCUGGGCAAGAUGGAUUUCCAGACUCACCUCUUUUACCACAGCGUACACAAAAAAAAGAUGGUCAACAUUCUUUUCUGAAUUUAAAGGAUGAAAAACCACCAUUGCGUGAAAAACCUCCACCAUCCCCAGAUAUAACUGGUAAAACACGUCAACGAUGGAUAGAAAUCACCAAAGAAAAAUUUGAGGAAUUAAGAGAAGAAAAUUUGCAUCUGAACAGUACAAACCAAACCCUUACUUUUGAACUUAAUCUAGUAAAACAAGCAAUGAAAGAACUACAAUUAAAACUUAAAAGAACAGAGAAAGAAAAUAGAAAGCUGAAAGAGGCUGAGAAAGCAUCCUCUGAGGAAGUUGCUGCACCUGAAUUACUUUGUCUAAGAAAACAAGCUCAGGAACUGGUGGACGAAAAUGAUGGGUUGAAGAUGACUGUCCAUCGUUUGAACGUGGAAUUGAGUAGAUAUCAAACAAAAUUCAGGCCUUUAUCCAAGGAAGAGAGCAUAAAUAUUGAAGGCCUCCCAUCACAGGGCCCUGUACCACCCUGGUUGUUGGAUGUAAAGUAUCUGUCACCCUUGUUGCUGGCUUAUGAAGACAGAAUGAAGGAGAAGGAUGAGCUCAAUGCCACCCUUCAGGAGGAAAUGAGAGUGUUCAGGAUGCGCGUCCAAGAAGUGGUGAAAGAGAAUGAAGACCUGCACCAGCAGUUGAUUAAGAGCAGGACUCUCACCAGUGAGGAAUGGCAUCAGCUUCAGGCUCAGGCAGAGCUGGUUUUGGAGGAAAACAGGUUGUUGAUAGAGCAGUUGGAGAUCCAGCAAAGAAAAGCCAAAGACACCCACCAGGAGCGCCUCCAGGAAGUUUCUAAACUGACUAAACAGCUAAUACUUCUGGAGACUAAAACACAGAGCCAAGAAAAGGAGCUAACUGAAAACAAGGAGCAAUUGGAAAGUUUACGUACCAAAUGCCAAGAACUAAAAACACAGUUGGAUGGCAAAAUUGCAAUGAAAGUUCAUGCUUCGAUUGUGAAUGAGUUAAAAAGCCAGUUGCAGAAGGAAGAAGAGAAAGAAAAUGCUGAGAUGGAAGAGUUGAUGGAAAAGUUGGCAGUCCUGCAAGUGCAGAAAAAGGGCCUGCUGUUAGAGAAGAACAAUCUGACAACUCAAAACAAAGCGCUGGAAACUGAACUUGAAAGGGCACAGAAAAUAAACAGGAGGUCUCAAAGGAAAAUUGAUGUCCUCAAAAAGCAGGUGGAAAAAGCCAUGGUGAAUGAAAUGUCUGCUCACCAGUACCUGGCAAAUCUUGUUGGCCUGGCAGAGAAUAUAACCCAGGAACGUGACAAUCUUAUGUAUUUGGCCCAAUGUUUAGAAAGUGAGAAACAUGGAGUUCUCGACAAAAUCGUAGAAGGCAAUAUUCGCUUGGGAAGGCUAGAAGAGAAGGUCAAGGGGUACAAGAAGCAGUCAGCACUGAAGCUGGGUAACAUUAGUCACCGUCUGGCAGAGCAGCAGGAGGACUUUGCUAACAAGACAGCUCAGUACCAGCAGGAGAUGAGGCACCUCCAUCAGAUGCUGCAGGACAAGCAGGAUGUCCUGGACGAGGCACUGCAGCAGAAAAGAGAGGUGGAAAGUGAGCUUGAAGUUGUUUGGGAGUCUACCUCCAAGGAAAACCAAAGAAUUCGAGAACUUCUCCAAGCUACACUGGAGAGGAAAGGCAUGUGGGACAACACCAGAACUUUCAAGGAUCCCUGCCUCGAUGGCGUCUCUCAGGGAGAUGUGCUGGAUGGCUGCAUCUUCAGCUACUGUGACAUGAAGCCCCCUCCCGCCACCUGCCAGAGUCUGCGGGAGCCCCCGGGCUAGGGCCCCUCAGCCUUAAAGGCCCACCUUCACCAGGAUGGGAAGGGGCAGGCUCCCACCUAACACUGCAGUGUUUUUUCUCCUCAGGGCAAGGAAGAAAUAAAACUGUCUCAGAAAUUUAAUCCA